AUGAAUUCCUCCCGCCUCUUUUCGUUGGCAACUCGCCAUGCCCUCCGAUCCUCAAUGCGAAGCUACUCCAGCGCGCCCAAGUUUUCACCGCCGCGAGGAUGGGUCCCGACACCGUUCGUGACCGAGACACUGGAGCGGAUAAUAUGUCUCAAUGGAGAAGUCGACGAGAGUGUUUCGGCCUCGAUAGUCGCCCAGCUCCUCUUCCUCGAAGCAGAUAACCCAGAGAAACAGAUCAGCCUCUACAUAAACUCGCCGGGAGGCUCAGUGACGGCUGGCCUCGCUAUUUACGAUACAAUGACCUACAUCCAAUCACCCGUUAGCACCAUUUGCAUUGGCCAAGCCGCGUCUAUGGGCUCUCUACUCCUUUGUGGAGGUGAACCGGGAAAACGUUUCUGUCUCCCACAUUCCUCCAUCAUGAUUCACCAGCCGUCCGGGGGCUAUUUCGGACAAGCAACUGACAUCGCAAUCCACGCCAAGGAAAUCCUGCGAGUACGCAAGCAGCUGAACGAGAUUUACAAGAGGCAUUUGACCAAGGAGAUUUCGCUAGAUGAGAUUGAAAAGCUUAUGGAAAGAGAUUAUUUCAUGGGGGCAAGUGAGGCGCUAGGAAUGGGGAUUGUGGACGGGAUUAUGGACCGGAGGACAAAGUCGAAGGAAGAAGAGUCUCGCUGA